AACGAUCAUUAUUAUUAUUAUUAGGAUAAAAUCAUUGAAGAAGACCAGAGAAAAGGCCAUUGAAGAUUUUUUUAUGUUGAUAUUUUAUUAUUAUUAUAUUAUUUGUCCAAUGGGGUUUGUUCAUAAGUGAAAAAUAUACCAAACUUUUAAAAUGGCUCUUUACGAUAAUAAAUAUUGGUUAUUAUCCCAUAUAAGAAAUUCAUUUAUGUCUACUGAUGAUACAGGAAUGUGCGAGCUAGUAAUGUCUGGAGAAGCUAAAGACAUAAAAGAUCAUAUAAAAAGUACAGAACCUUACCCAGAUCCGGAAUCAAGUGAUGACGAAGAAGAUGAGUUCGAAUCAUUUGAUUUCCAACUGGAUAUGGAUUUUAAUAUUAGGGAACGAUCAAAUACUGCCACUCAAAUAGAAAAAUUAGAAUUAAUUCGCAAGAAAGCAGCGAAAAUGAGGCAUAUUAAAUGGGAAACUAAUAAAGGACUGAAUAAGGACAUGGAUAUAGAUGAAUUGUUUGCAAAGAAAGAUAUUAACGUGGCGUGUAAAUCUGAGAAACCUGUUUCCAAAUUAUCAGCUUUAAUACAAAAGCAUGCAGAUGUACCAAAAAAUCCAUUCAUAGAAUAUGCGAAAUUUGAUGGUACGGGACAAGUUAAUAUACCCACUAAAAAGUAUAAAAUAUUUUUAACCAUGUUACCACCACAACAGAGAAAUUAUCCAAUGCCGGUUUGUUGUGUUGCUAAUGCGAAAGUACAAGAUUUGAUUGGAUUGAUACUUCUCAAAUUUAGUUAUAAUUAUGGUACAUCAAAUCUUAAAAAUGUAAAUCAUUAUGGACUUUAUAUAACAGAAGAGGAUGGAGAGGUCGAUAGUGAUUUUCCAUGUUUGGAUUCCAAGGAACCAAUUUCAAAAUUUGGCUUUGGUUGUCUUGGUUUAGUUGAACAUAAAGAAAGUAUUAAAACAGUAUCAUUUCCAGAUGAUACAUUAUUUACCAUCGAAGGAGUUGGAACAAGGCUUACAACAAUAUCAGACAAAAAAGCUGAUGAGAAUAAACAGAUGGAAAAUGUUAUACAGGCAGUAGAAGAUCAUAAUAAAUUAAUGGAGGCUCCGCUGUACCGUUCUUUUAGAGUUUAUAUGUUGAGUAAAGUAAAACCAAAAAUAGAGGUAAAUAUAGGAGUGAGUGGGGAGAGAAUAGAAAUCGAUCCAGUACCUCAAAAGGGUUCUAAGUUAUUACCUUUUAAAGCAAAAGCCAUCAGCCAUCCAAUUGAUAGUAUCGCUUGUUGUGAAAUCAUAGAUGAUAAAAAUGGAAGAGUUACUUUUAGGAUAACAUAUAAAACAAAUACAGGUAGUAGCUUUAGUGGAGCAGCAGACACAUCAGUUUCUGGAGGUUUGCACUUCUUUCUGAUGCCCAGUUAAAGACUGUCUGUCUAACCCGGUUCGAUUUAAGGGCAACAUUAUAGGAAAUUUGAAAGUAUAUCUAAAAAAUGUCAGCUCUUUGUGUUUAAAACAAGGUGGCAAAGGUUUUGGAUUGGUAAAUGGUUCGGUCUCAUCCUUAAAUUUUCCUAGUAGGUAUUUUUUUUUCAUGUUCAAAAAUACAAAACCACGAUUUAUAGACUUCGCAGUUGCUGGAGACUCCUCUGAAAAUUUUUUGUUUCCACCACAAGCACCCCUUCAACAAUACAUUCAAACACCAGAAAACAUUGAAGGUGGGUUUAAUAGGUGUACUUACAAGAUGUUCGUAAUAAGUGUCAAAAUAACUAUCUUUAAUAAUAUUUGUAGACAUACUUGCUAAGAAGACAUUUCUUCAAACACUUUAACCUUUAAAUUUCUACACAUGUAACUGUUGUGUGAGAAGCAUACUGAAUUUUUCUUUGUGUUACAGAAACUGCAUUUGUCUUUGUCUUCAACAAAAGAUGGCGCUUUCUUGUUUAUAAUGGCAUACAAAAACUCAAGAAAAAAGAUAUAGUAGUAGUUUUAAAAUGAUUAUGUAUUUAUUUAGGGCGCUGUCGCCUCAAUGGGCACCUGAAGAUGAUAGACUUAGCAGAUAAUACAGCCUGUAGAUUCUGUUGCGCAGAGAACGAAACCUCUAUCCACAUUCUCUAGAAGUGUGACUAUAUGAAAUGCUCUUAUAUAUACGUACGUACAUGUAUUUAUCUAUAUGUAAAUUUUGCACUUUUUAAAAUGUAAUAAAAAACUGUCGUUUGUC